GCAGAGCCCCUCCUGUAUCGGUCAAACAGAUGCGAGAGGUUUAUAAACAGCGAGCGACGAUCCGUUCAUUCUGCUCCGCCGAGAUCUUUUUAUUACCGACACUCAAAGUCACAACAUGCAUUUUUUCGACGGAAGGUGACAGAUCAAACUGUGACGAGGAAAUGGCUUGGUUCCAUCAGGCUUUACAAAGCUCAAACCAACCAGAAGCAUCCAUGAUGCCCCAUGCACUGGAGUCUCAAAGACACAUCUCCAACCUUACCACACAGUUUGGGAUGUCUGCCACACAAGGUUGGCCAACUCAUCCUCCAGUCUCCAUCACAGACUUUCCUGCUGCUUCAGGAUGCAUCGUCCCUCAGCGUCUGGAGGAUCUGUCCUGUACAUCUCUCAACAUGGGCUCAAGAGAAGACCCAUUGCCGGUGUCCUAUGUGACGCUUCAGGAGCAAAGGUGCGUGCUCAGCUGGUUUUUGGUAUGGAGUGCUGAUCAAAGGGAACGUUUUCUGGAAGAUCUGAUCUCGAAGGCUGUGCCUGGAAAGGUGUCUAGUUUAUUGGACCAACUCAACACACUACAGGUAAAUGAUCGGCCACCCAACAUUUUUGAAUGCCAGUUACGGCUGUGGACUCAGUGGUUUGAUUCGUGGAGUGAGGAGGAGAGAAAUUCCUUUCUGAACGGCUUGGAGGAGAAGGACCCGGUCUUUGUGGCUUGCUUUUAUAGCCGAGUCGCUGGAACAGCAGGCAGAGAUUGAUGGUCUUCUUCAUGCAGGGACAGAGAUGUGCUUUUUUUAAAAUGGCCACUCUUAAAUACAGUCUUCUGUGGACUAUUAUUAUACUGCUAAAUGUGUGUUUUAAUAUCUAUGCACAAUAUACAAACUUUAUAUUCACAUGGUCAUUGUUUAAGGAGGCACUAUGAAAUUUUGAAGAACCUCAUGAAAUUUUUCAAACAAAAUACCUGUAACUGAAGCAAAAGCUUAUUAUUAAAUGUUCUAAGAUUAA